GUGUAUAAACACACAGUCAAUUAGCUAAACGUCAAAUGCGGCACAUUGCGGAGCCGCGCAAAAUGUAAACAAUACGCAGAACGGAAAAUUACAAAACAUAAACCGAAUAAUAUACUACACUACUCUCUGUAAAACUCAAUCUACAUGGCAUUGAAAUUAGUCAAGGACGCUCCAACGGUAUGGAACUAUCUAAACGGGGUGGUGAAUCUGUACAAACCAGCCGGAGUAACGGUGCAGCAAGUUCGGAACACAAUCAUUCACAACUUAUGCCGAGAUUUAAACCAACUCGAAGUGAGACCUUCGCUUCAGCGUGUCGUUAUUGAAAACAAUCUCGAUGCGAAACUGGUUGUGCGAAAGGUGGAAGACCUUUCCGACAACGUGCUGGUCACGGGGCCUCGCUACCAACCGGACGAUAUCAAGUGUCGAUUUUGCGCUAAUCAUGGACGCUUCACUAGUGGUGUAAUAGCGCUAGGCAUCAAUAAUGGCACAAACCUUGCCUUCCGACUGCAACAGAACCGUCCGCUGCGGGUGUACCGGGUGACCGGAUUCCUGGGAAAGGCCACGGAGACACACUUCGCCGAUUCGCGAGUAACGGCACGGGCCACCAUCAGUCACAUAGGUUCGGAAAAGAUCGGUCGUUUGCUGGCCGCAAUACAGGCAUCACAUCAGCGCAAAAUGUUCGAGCUGAGCGGAAUCGACAUACAGUCGCAGGCCGCCUACGAGCUAGCGUGCAAAGGUACGAUACGUCCGGCGGACAAUCGGCUACCAAUGAUAUACGGCAUACGGCUGGCAGAGUAUCGGAAACCUUUCUUUACCAUCGAAAUUCACGCAAUCAACGAAACGGAAGCGUACCUCGGCGAGCUCAUCCACGAGAUUGGCAUCAACCUGAAAUCGUGUGCGCAUUGCACCGGUGUACGCUGUAUACGGCAUGGCCAUUUUCUGCUGGAAGAUUCGCUGCUUAAAAAGGACUGGAACCUGCAAAACAUCCUCAGCGGCAUGGCACACACAAACAAGCUCGUAAAUCAGCAUCCAGACAUGUUGCAGCAAAGUAGCUCAUCCUUGCAAGGAAUGGAAGAGUAAGCCCAGACACCGAUCGAUAGGUGGCCGAGAACAAAGUCAGCGGACUGUGGGCGUAACACCCACGACACCAUUUUUGCAACUAGAAAGUUAAUGGUAGCUCAAGGAAAGUGUGAGAACAAGUUUCUUUUACAUGCGUUCAUUGUUUAUGGUGUUCUCUCUCUGUAGUAUGGCCUUAUUGGCUUGCGUCUGGAGCAAGUUGACCAUUGUCACGUGCAAUAAACGAUCGAGGCUGCGGCGUCCGACCCCUGUGACGGCACGCAAAGUUGGCAUUGAGUUGUAAUUUAAACAGUUCGUUCAUGCAUUUGUUACAAGGUUGGCGCAGUUUGCCAUGCCGACAAUGUUUCGUGCGCGCAUUGCAUCGAGUUAAAAAUAGAAACUCCGGUGAGAAACAGAAAUAAAGUGCCGGUAAGCGCUCGAGAACGGACCAACACACAAACCCACGCAUUCGCGGAGGUCACUUGUCUUGGAGACGAAAAUUCCAUAAUAGCAAUCGGCAGCUCGUAAAUAAACAGCGGAGACACUUUUGAAGGCUGAUUCACCGAGCGUAUUUUCUCAAGUCCAGUUACCUCAAUUCCAUAUACCAUGCUUGAUUCCGGCUUUAAUAAAAAUAAAUGAAGAGAUUAAGCAUCCAAGGCGCUGAACCGUUGAUCUUCGUAGCACAAGCAGCACGACUAAUGGAAGAUUUUUAACCAUACAAUCCCCCAAUUCUUAUUUGUCAUCAUUUCCCGUUCCCCCCAAGGCCCCAGUGAAGAGAACAAACGUUUUUCUAAUUUCGCUCCAAUCGUGAUGUUGUUCAUUGGAGUGUUAACAGAGCUCUUUCUUUUAUUUAUCUGUUUGGUCUAUUUCUUGUUUCGUUUGAUUAAAAUUUCAAUCAGCACAUAUGCGCGCAUAUCAUUAUUGGCUGGGCAAGAGAAGAGCAAGUGUUCGCGUGUGCAAUCGUGUAAACUGGGUUGCGCGACCGCUCCUCCGUUCCCAUCGCAGGAAGACGCGAGAAGCGCAAAAUAAACUAACAUUCAACAUUAAAG